AUGGAAAUAAUCACUUGUGCUUCACAAAUCCCGACAAUCGAAAGAACCCGCAGAAGUUUGACUCAAGCCGAGUUUCAGCGUUACUCGCGACAACUGAUUCUUCCAGAGCUCGGCCGACCCGGUCAAGAAAACUUGAUCAACUCGUCCGUUCUCGUUGUCGGCUGUGGCGGACUAGGAUGUCCAGUGAUUCAGUAUUUGGCAGCAGCAGGAGUUGGUACUUUUGGAUUAGUCGAUAAUGACGUUGUUGAUACUUCAAACAUACAGCGUCAAAUUCUACACAUGGAAUCAGACAACGGGAAGCUAAAAGUCCUCUCCGCCGCAGAAACGAUCAAAAGCCUCAAUUCUACCGCUACUGUUUUCCUUUUCAACUUGACAAUCGACUCUUCCAACGCCCAGCAAAUCGUCAAUCAAUUCGAUUUAGUAGUUGAUUGCACGGACAACGUCGCGACGAGAUAUUUACUCAACGACGCUUGUUUUCUUUCACAAAAAUCGCGAAUCCCGCUGGUUUCGGGCGCCGCGCUCCGCUGGGACGGGCAAGUAACGGUUUACAAAGAAGAGAGUUGUUGCUACAGAUGUGUUCAUCCGAAUCCGCCAGCGCCAGAAUCAGUCACGAACUGUUCCGAUGGAGGGGUCAUCGGAGCAGUUUGUGGCGUCGUCGGAGCUAUUCAAGGGAAUUGGGUCAAUAAGGAGAUUUAUUUUUAUUGA